AUGAAUGGAACGAUACAAAAUGAAAUUGCGAGCCAUUCAGCCUUUGUGCUGGAGAACCAUUCACCGGCUGACGUAGCACGGGCUGUAAUAGAGAGCGGAUAUCAAAAAGAGCCAAUCUACGUGUUCAACAUGGACGAGGCAUACCAACGCAUACAGCACUUCAAGGGUGUAAUGCCGAGAGCGCAAAUAUUUUACGCUAUGAAAGCGAACAACUUCGAUAUAAUGUUAAGACUAGCGGCUGUUUGUGCAGUGGGAUUUGAUUGCGCCUCUCCCGACGAAAUUUGUAAUAUAAGGCAGCUGAACGUAAAUCCUUUGUGGGUAUAUAACAUUUUUCACCAUGAAAUAUUAAUAAACAUCUUCUGUCUGUGA